CACAUCCUGUCGCGUGCAACAGCUUUGCCGCGAAAAACUGAGGAAAACAGAGCCAGUCUGUAAAUGUGAUAAAAACUGGCCUGGAUAUAAAGUAACAAAAUGGCUGCUCAGACCUACAUUGCCAUCUCAGAGCUGCACCCAAACGUCUCCCAUCCGAAACUGGCAGGCAUCAUUAUUGGGAAAUCUGAUGUCAAAAGCUUUCCUGACAGAAAAAAUAUUGGUGUAGACAGAUUCACAUUUGGCUUCACCGUAAAGGACUCACCUGACUUCUUUAUUAAUGUGACAGCCUGGGGAAACGAUGGAUACAUCAACGGGCUCUCCAGCAGCUUCAGCAUUGGAGACUGUGUCGUCAUUGAAAAUCCUUUAGUUUCCAACAAAGACCCAGAGAAAGGGGACAGAUUCUGUCCCACAACACCAAGCCUCUACAGGCUGCUGGUGACGGAGGCUCAUUCCCAGGUGACUCUAUGUGCUGACAUAGACACAAUGGACAGGCUGCUGCCACUGAUCCACCUGCCAGUGAAGGACUCCGCAGAUUUCUACUCUCUGGGAGACAUUGUGGCCAACGGGCAGAGGCUGGAUGGCACUGUGAUAAAUGUACUGGCUGCAGUGAAGUCGAUUGGAGAGCUGAAGCAGUUUACCACUUCAGACGGACGCAAAGGGCAGAGGCUGGAAGUGAAGCUCUUUGAUGACUCGGUCUCGUCCUUCCCUCUCGUGUGCUGGGACAGAGAGGCCAUUCAGCUCGUGCAAACUUUGAUACCCAAGGAGGCGGUGCUCUUCAUAGCUGAUGCAAAGAUUAGCUUUGACAGCUUUCGCAACGGCAUGGCAGCAACCGUUAACUCGAAAACCAUUAUCACUGUCAAUCCUGACACCAGAGAGGCCAGCCUGCUGUUCAGCUACGCUAAAGAAGUAUCUGAGUCCGGGAUUCUGGACCAAGAUGAGAAGCCAGAAGAUGUGAGUGUGGAUUCUAUCACUGACGUGUACACAGUGAGCCAGCUGAAGCAGAAGGCCCAGGAGAGUCCAGAGGCUUUCUUCGGCAUCACAUACAGCUUCAUCUCCAAGCUCGACCUCGACUCUUCUGUUUCAAAGGUUAUCAGGACACGGUGCUCCAGGUGUAAGUUUCAGGCGACUGAGGACACACAGAGCUGUACCAACCAGCUGUGUCCAGGGCGGGAUCAGGCCUUUUCAGGCACCACAGGCUUUGAUCUGCUGGUGGACUUCACGGACCACACCGGCACCCUGCAUACCUGCACCCUCAGGAGCCCAGUGGCAGAAAACAUACUCGGCUGCACGACAGAGGAAUUUACCAGUUUGACUGAUGACCAGAGGACUGCAAUGAAGUGGAAAUUUCUUUUGGAAAGAUGCAAAAUAUAUGUGAAGAUACUCCCUUCCACUCUAAAGAGGACUGGGGCCAGGGGGAUGGUCCUGGCCUGCUCACUGGCUGACCCAGGAGAGGUGAAACAGCACAUGUCCGCCCUGCUGCAGCGGCUGUGAUCACAAUGAUAUUGCAGUUGGCUGCUGUACCUGCUGUGUGGUACUGCUCUGACUGAUCUAUUAACAAGGAUAAUAGUCAUUUAUACAUGUGGGUUUGGUGAAUAGACACAUUCUCUGCAUUAUUAUUAUUAUUUAUUUAUUUAUUUAUUUAACUUAUUUAUUGAAAUAU